AUGGGUCAUAACUUUCCGAGUCUGGUCCAUCGCGGUGUUCAUGAGCAGGUUGAUGAUGAAUAUGUUGAUCAACGUAUCCAUCCUUCUAAACAUCACACCCCUCAACCUCAUGCUACGGAUUCCGAAAGUCAAGCUUCUGAACAGGAUAGAAGCCAAGCCAACAACCAUACCAAUAAAGACAAUUCCGAAUUUCUUGAAAAGGGCCAAAAGCCCAAGAGGGAUGAAGAAGAAGGGGAAGAUCAGUUUAUUUUGGAGGUCAUCAAAUUUGUGAGGAAUGACAUCUCUCUUACUCCAGGUACCUUGUUUUUUUAG